UGCAGCACAUACGAAACGAACGAAGCCUGCAGCCCCGUCUGAUCGCUGACCGCCGGCCCCUCUCCGCUCCUGCCGCCGCCGCCAUGGGGAACUUCCGCAAGCUCGGCCGCCACGCCGCCCACCGCGUCUCCAUGCUCAGGACGAUGGUGUCGCAGCUGGUGAAGCACGAGCGGAUCGAGACCACAGUCGCCAAGGCGAAGGAGGUGCGGCGGAAGGCGGAUCAGAUGGUGCAGCUCGGCAAAGAUGGUACCCUAGAUGCAGCAAGACGUGCCUCGGCAUUUGUUCGGGGUGAUGACGUCGUUCACAAGUUAUUCACAGAGCUUGCAUACCGCUACAAGGAUCGAGCUGGUGGGUAUACAAGACUACUGCGAACCAGGAUACGAAUUGGCGAUGCUGCACCAAUGGCUUACAUUGAGUUUGUCGACCGGGAGAAUGAACUUCGAGAGGCCAAACCUGCGACUCCAUCGCCUCCCCAGCGUGUCCCUCUUGAUCCGUGGACCAAGUCCCGUGCUAGCCAACAGUGGGCAGGGCCUAAAGUCAGCCAGAACUCCAAAACAGAAGGGCUAUGAGAACCAAAAGUACCAUUUAUCUUUAUUUUGUGUUUGUGAGAUAUUUUUUUUCUCUUUAGACGCGCUAAUUAGGAGACCCAUUCUGUAACAGACUAAAAACUUAUGUUUCCGCAUGAUAUUUAUACUAUUUGUCAAGGAUCAUUGUGACUAGAAA